AUGGCAAAAGCUGGAUGGUAUGUUGUGAAGUUCAGAAAUGAAAAAAAUAUUAUUAAAGUCAUCCCAAGUAAUUGGAUUGUAAAUUUUGAAAAAUGUCAAUGGCCAACAAAAUUUGGAUCCAUUAAAUUGCAAGCAGCAAUCAAAAAUAGACAGACACCAUCAGCUAUUGGGUGGAAAAUGUUUCCUAUUAGAGUAAUAUGUAAACAUAUAUUUCUUACUUAUGAUGAUGCAUCGGAUUUUGCUAACACAACUCUCGCAAUAAGUUCAUCAGAAAGUGAUGCUUUUGUUGUUAAUAAUGCACCAACAACACAUAAAAAAAAAGUCAACUGA